AUGGUUGCAUAUGAACAUUUGUACCAAUCAUUCGUCCUUAGCAAAUUUGAAAUGACAUAUCGAUGGGAACGUCAACGAGCUAUUCAAAUGCAAGAUGAAAUGAUGGCACCGCCACGUUGUAAACAAAAAGCGGAAGAAUUAGGAUAUAAUCCAAUGGAUUGGAAAGAUUACUUUGCCCGUGAUGAACCAUUUAUCGAUACUAAUUAG